AUGGAUAUUGAAGAGCAUAAAAUUGAGCAUAUGUGGGCAGUUGUUACAGAAAAGUUUGACUGUGAUAAAAUGAAUGAUCAAAGAGAUAAUGUUUUGCAACAUAUGAGAAAGCUUUGGAACAAUUGGAGAGGAUCGUUGCACAAGAAUAUGAAAUCCAAGUCAUUGCACGAGGUUCUAAAAGAUGUGUCGAUAGGAGUAGACAAGAGUGAUUGGGAAUGGUUGGUCAAGGAAGAUUUUUUAUCUGAUAAGUUUAAGGGAGGCAAAGAUGGUAAUCCACCAAACAUGGCAACUAUCUUCUUUGAGACUCGUAAAAAGGGAAAUGAGCUUGUCGAACCCGAAACAAAUGAAAAAUACGCUGAAAUUCAAGAGCUUGUACAAUCUGAACCGUCUCUUACUAAUAUUGAGGUAGUGGAAAGGUGCUUUGGACCUCAAUGCAAAAGUCAUGCGGUUGGAUUUGGUGGUGGGAUAACCACUAAGGAGUUGAAAGGUGGUAGUACUUCUAAGGCUGCAUUGUUGGAAGAACUGAAAAUAACUCAAAAAGAAAAGGAAUCACUACAAAAGCGUAUUGAUAUUCUAGAGAGUAAAUAUGAUCGCCUUGAAAGUAUAGUGGUUCGUCAGCAUCCAUCACCUCCAUCACUUCCACCAGGUUAG